AUGGGCAAAUAUGAUGAAAUCGUGGAAGAGUCACUUGAGAGCCAGCAGCCUAUGCACUUGUUUUCAGGGCCCGAAGAGUCAAGCGACCCCACUGCCAACCCAAACCACAUCACAAUUUUCGUAAAAGUCACUGAUACUGAUGUCCGUACUAUUUCUCUUGACCCACUCACAGAACUAGUUGGAAAUAUAAAGACUCGGCUCUUCGCUAAAGAAAUCGAAGAAAGCAAAUGCAUAAGGCUUAUUUAUGGAGGCAGAGUCUUAGUGGAUUCUCAUCUUAUUUCGGUUUAUAAACUGCAUGAUAAGUGCGUGAUUCACGGCUUUGUUACUGAUCCGGUUGAUGAGCAGCCCGGAUCGUCAAGAACAAUGUUGAGAAGAUCACAAGCUCGAGGCUUGGAUAAGCUAGAAGAGUCUGGAUAUAGUGCUGAUGAUAUUCAUGGAAUGAAGUUUCAUUUCCAUGCUAUGUGUGUUUAUAGUGGGAUCAACAAAGACAGCGAAGAAGAAAAAAUUGUUUUGGAAGAAAAAUGGCUUGAAGGAAAACUUCCAAUAAUUAAUGCUAAUCCAGAUGAACGAAGCAGAAUCAUGCUCAGCAAAUUGCAUGAAAAAGGGGAUGGAUUGAACUUUAUUUUAGGGAUUCUUACUGGGCUUGUUCUAAGCUUUUUAAGCUUGCUUAUAUUGAAGUUUGUCAAAUUAAGUAAAUUCCAAGCUUUUGGAACGAAAAUUGGUUUAAUUUUAUCAUUACCAGUUAUGGUGAUAAUUUUUAUUACGUUUUUUGUGGGUAACAGCUAG